AUGAUCAGCGAUUCCGCCUCUUGUUCUUGCGGCUGGGAGUCUCAGUCGCGGGUGAAGAGAGCGCUGAAGGUUGUGGGCGAGUGGGAGGCUGCAACGACCAAGUGCGCUGACUCCGUGCAACAUUCGGCCAAGCGUCAGCGGGACGGACGUCAGGACUUCGACCCCAAGAAAGUCCUGGGCACGAUCGCCAGCCUCAAGUCGGUGUGCGAAGACCUCGAGGAUAUCAUGAAGGUGCUCCUGGAAGCGCAGGUGGGGUCCUCCGGCGAGUGGUCGGCCCUGAUCCGCGUGCAGGACCCCGAACAGCUCAAGAGCAUCACGGCGCAGGUCCUACGAGUCCUCACUGCCUACGACUUCAACAUCUUCUCCAGCAGGAACCACGACCGCUGGAUCAGGCAGAAGGACGACUUCCAGAUCGCCGUGCACAAGUGGGAGCAGGCCGUCGUCGCCGCCAUCCACGAGAGCUUCAAGGACAGGAUGACGUCGGAACUGGUGACAGCUGUGGCGGGCGUGUUGGCCAAGCAGCCCUGCAGGACCUGCUUCAGGCAGCUCCUCAUCUCUCGCCUCCCCGACCUGCUCUCGGCCUUCGCGGCUGAGGUCAAGGGCAUCAGGGCGGACUUCCAGGCGCAGCAGAAGGUCGAGCGGCCGGGGACGCAGGCGCCGCUGUCGGGCCGCGUGCGCUGGAUGACCAGCUACCUGACGAAGCGGCUGGCGGCGUGGACCACGCUCAAGCAGCUCUACUCGCAGUACCAGGUGACAUGCAGAGCUCUUCGCUUCGAUUAA